UGCAGCUCCUGAUUUCGGCACAGAAGGAUCACAAAAUGGCAGGCACCGCCGGCCUGACAGGCACAGCAGCAGCUCCUCCCUAACGCUGGAACGCUGGAACGCUGGAGUUGCAAACUCAAGCCCUAACCAGGCAUGAAACAAGUCCCAGAGAGUGCCAGACUUUGACGACUGACACACCAACACAGCAAGCACAUUCCCUCUAUCCCCCAUUCCUCCUUCUUGACACUCGCUGCUCAUACAGCCCCUCGUCAAGAUGACCGACUGACAUGCACAAGCACCCAGAGUCUGCUGUGCAUCUGCACGCACAUAUACCAAACGGUAUACCUGAUAUGGCGCAUCAUCCACACUCGUCCUCGCCUCAUUUCCACUCCGUGGCAAGGACACGCCAAGACUGCUUCGUCAACGGCAAGAUCUACACCUCCCUCACACAGACAUCCAGGUAUGCAUUGCAGGUGGGAAGGAUAUUGAGGAGGUGAGAUUUUGCGUAGACGAAGCAGC